AUGAAAACGAGGGGCUAUCAAGAAAGCACCUCUUUACAGAACUCUGAAUUCAGGGAUAGGCCAGAAAAAUGGAAAGAGGAUCAGUGGAAUGAUUUUAUGAAGGAAACGGAGAGAGACUGGGAAAAAUUCAACACGAGUAUGGAAAAUCUGACUUCUUCAUGGUUUGAAAAAAAAGAACUGGAAUGGGAAGGAUGGAUAAAAGCAAUGCAAAAUAGAUGGGCAUAUUACAACAAAAAUAUGGAUGAUUGUGUACUUAAUGUCAUAAAAAAUUCUUUAAACUGGACAGAUUUUCAGUGGCAAAAGUGGAUUAGAUUAAUGAAAAAUAAAGCGAUGAAACACUUUGAAAGUUCGGGAGAUGAAUACAUACUUGAUGUUUUUAGAAGGAAUACAAGUUGGACAACUGAGCAAUGGAAAGAGUGGAUUAAGACACCAAUAAGAGAAUCUAUGGAAAAGGAUUGGGAAUAUUGGAUUGCCGAAGAUCAAUACAAAUUAGAUAAUUGGAUGUUGGAAAAUUUUGAUAAAUGGAAAACUAAAAGAAUAACUGAAUGGAAAGAGAAAAAGUGGAAAGCUGAAGAAGAUGAAUAUUGGGCUAAUUGGGAAGCUAAAGGAUCAAAGGAUAAAUCGAAAGUAUUGAUUGAUAGAAAAAAUUGGAAUCUAUGGAAAGAAAGAACAUAUAGAGAAGAGAGACAAUGGGAGAUGUAUACCGAAAGGAAAAAAAAGGAAUUUUUUAGCAAAGAUGUUGUGGAAUGGAUGAAAUGGAAAUCUGAAAAGACCGAAAUGUUUGAAAAUUGGAAGGAAAACACACUUAGCACAUGGAUAAAGGAGAAGCAGUGGAAUGUGUGGCUUCAUAAGGACAAAGAAGUAGGUAGAAGAAAAUUAUACUAA